GGGAAAGCCGUUCCGCGCCCGCAGGAGGAAGCGCAGCCCGGGUCCGUCCAGGUCGGCGUCCGGCUGGGGAGCAUGGAGUCGUUGCCUGAGCUGGCGGCCCGCGGCCUCGUGCUUCCCAUGCUGCUGCUGCUGCUGCUGCUGCCGCCGCCAGCCCCGGAGCUAGGCCCGAGCCACGUCAGGGCGGAGGAGACCGACUGGGUUCGAUUGCCCAGCAAAUGCGAAGUGUGUAAAUAUGUGGCUGUGGAACUGAAGUCAGCCUUUGAAGAAACGGGCAAGACCAAGGAGGUGAUUGACACAGGCUAUGGCAUCCUGGACCGGAAGGCCUCUGGCGUCAAAUACACCAAGUCGGACUUACGGUUAAUUGAAGUGACUGAGACCAUUUGCAAGAGGCUCCUGGACUACAGCCUGCACAAGGAGCGGACUGGCAGCAACCGGUUUGCCAAGGGUAUGUCGGAGACGUUUGAGACGUUGCACAACCUGGUGCAUAAAGGGGUCAAGGUUGUGAUGGACAUCCCGUAUGAGCUGUGGAACGAGACCUCUGCUGAGGUGGCUGACCUCAAGAAGCAGUGCGACGUGCUGGUGGAAGAGUUUGAGGAGGUGAUCGAGGACUGGUACAGGAACCACCAGGAGGAGGACCUGACUGAAUUCCUGUGCGCCAACCACGUGCUGAAGGGCAAGGACACCAGUUGCCUGGCAGAGCGGUGGUCUGGCAAGAAAGGGGACACAGCUGCCCUGGGAGGAAAGAAGUCCAAGAAGAAGGGCAGCACGGCCAAGUCCUCCAGGGGCCACAGCAAGCAGAGGAAAGAACUGGGGGGCCUGGAGGGAGACAGCAGCCCUGAAGAGGAAGAGGAGGGUGUGCAGAAAGCAUCCCCUCUCCCACACAGCCCCCCUGAUGAGCUGUGAGUCCAACCCAGUGUCCUUGAGCCAAGACCCCUGACCUCAGGGCUGACAGGCCUGGGGGCUCUCCCCCCAAGCUUCCCGUCUCCUGCCUGGGCUGCACCCUCCUCCUGCCUUCAAGCACCAGCGGCAAGCAGAGAAAAGAGAGGGGAGGCCUGCAGGGAGCCUCGAGGAGGAGGGUGUCAGAAGGCGUCCUCCUCUCCUUUCCGCGCUUCGCCGAUGAGCUCUGAGCCGGGCCCACCAGCCCCAGGCCCCGAACCAAGCCCCCAGCCCCGAAGCUGAAGAGCGAAGAGCAGGGCUCCGGCUGGCAGGAUGGCGCCCCUCCCGACUUCAGGUGCCCUGCGCUCCUGCAUCCUCUUUCUGCCCAGGACAGAUGCAAGCCCCAGGAAGAUCUCAGAGCAGCCACAGCUGCCGGGAUCAGCCAUCCCCUCUACCAGGCAUCUGUCUCCUGACAGGCUGCAGGCAGGCCUGUGGUUUAGGACUUUGGGGACUCCAGUGUGAACUCACAGGGGGUAGCCCGGGCACUGGGCACCAGGACUGGAGCAUCUCCAGAGUGGAGAGCGCCCUGCUCCUACCCCCGCAGAGAAGUAAGACUGCAGCCCUCACAACCCCCUGUUUCUACCCACCCUUCCCGUGGACGCUCGUGCGCUGCCCGGCCCUUCACCCCGGGGCUCACAGAGUAAAAAACUUUUGGCCUUUUG